AUGUGCCAGUACUACGCCCACGCUUUCACUUGCAAACACCUUUCCUUCGCCUUUGCCCGCUUCUGCCAGCCCGCCAGCCUCAUCCAGAAGCCCUGCGCCAAGCGGCAGGUCUGGCAAACCAUCAGCCUCGACGACGCCUGUGAGGAGUGCUUGACGUGGUUUCCUGAUCGGUAUCCGUGCCCGAGGGCGCGGUACCGGUGA